GGUUGUGCCCCCGCCUUUUUGUCUGCUCAGAACCCCAGACGUCCCCGUGUACCUCGGUUUUCCACACCCCCCGCCCCCCCCCGUGAGGCCGAGGGGGGCGGGCCGGGGAGGGGCCGCCCCCGGCCCUUAAGCAGCGGUGGGGGGGCGGUGCCGGUGCCCGUGGGGGACCCGGGCUGUGACCGAGGGGCCGCGCACCCAUGCCCGAACAAGCAGUUGCUGUUGCUGGAGGUGUAAUAGGAGGGAUCCUUUUAUUUGUUCUCAUUGGAAUAGUUGCAUACCUGCUCUGGAAGAAAUUUUGCUGCCUCCUUUCUUACGAAAAGCUCACCAGUCCUGUCAAAACAACAAAUGCAAAUGCCAUUUUUCAGGAUCAUUCGACUUCUGAAAUUCAACUAAAAAGCACAAGAUCCAGAAGCAUUCCAUUUAUCAUUCCACCAACGCUGCAUGGGCGAGACCGGAUUAACCUGACGAACGAAGAACAGGUUCAGGAAGACACUGACCCCUACAUGAUUCCUCAGUCGGGGCCACGGUCAUCAUUUCAUUCUUUGGCUGGAGCUUAUGUUGUAGGGACCAUUAACCCAGAGCUGUACAAGUUUCCUGAAGACGAAAGUGAGACGGAUUUUCCUGAAGGCAACAUUGGCCGCCUCUGGUUCUCCAUAGAGUACGAGCAAGAGUCAGAAAGGCUCCUCGUCUCCUUGAUCAAAGUCAGAAAGCUGCAGCCUCCUGCUGAUUCCUGCAGUCCAUUUGUGAAAAUCUACUUGCUGCCUGAUGAAAGAAGCUACUUGCAGUCCAAAACAAAACGCAAAACCCUUAACCCGCAGUUUGAUGAAAACUUUGUGUUUCAGGUUUCCAGUAAAAUGUUGCUCCAAAGGACUCUGAAGUUUUUGGUUUAUCAUGUUGAUAAGCAGAAGAAGCAUCAUCUCUUAGGCCAAGUUAUCUUCCCACUGAAAAAUGAAACAUUAACUGAUGACAACAAACUAGUCAUAUGGAGAGAUCUGGAGAAAGAAAACUUGGAGCCUCCUUCAGACUAUGGUGAUAUCCAGUUCUCCCUCAGCUACAACGACUACCUGGGCCGUCUCACUGUAGUGGUUCUGAGGGCAAGAGGAUUAAAGCUCCAGGAGGAGAGCCAUGCUGCCAGUGUGUAUGUCAAAGUCUCAUUAAUGAACCAUAAUAAAUUCAUCAAAAGUAAAAAGACAGCAGCUGUUCUGGGAUCUCCCAAUCCAGUGUAUAAUGAAACCUUCAGUUUCAAGGCAGAUCAGACAGAGCUGGAUACAGCAAGCCUGAGUCUAUCUGUGCUCCAGAGCCUCACGGGAGAAAAAACACAUCUGCUAGGACAGGUAGUAGUCGGGCCUUUCAUGUACACCCGCGGCAAAGAACUUGAACAUUGGAAUGAAAUGAUCAGCAAGCCCAAGGAGUUGGUUAAACGGUGGCAUGCUCUCUGCCCCAGCACGUAAACAGCACGGAUAAAAACAUCAAACUUAAAAUGGAAAAGGUCUCAUCAUCUUUCAUAACCUAAUGGUGAAGGGUGCAAAAUCUUUGACCAUUUUACACUCCUAAUAGACAAGAAUAAAGUAAGUAAAUCCUUUUCUUGCCCAAACACAAACACUUGCUCCCUGCUAGGAUGGAACUCUAUCCUUCCUCUCUUCAAAAUGUAUUUCCAAUGAAAUUAAUAUGCAGCAGGGUAAGCAAAACAGGAAGACAAAUAUGAUCUCCCAGCUUGAAUUAUUUUGACUACUAAAUUCCAAUUCUUGGUCAUGAGUUCUGGGCACAAAUGAUCAUCCAUGUGGAUAGAACCCAAAAUGGCCUAAGAAUUGUCAGAGAUGAUACCAGGUCUAACUGUCCGCUGCAUUGCAUCAUCACAGACAGAGUAGUUUCAGCAAAAGGGAGGGAAGCCCAGUAGGCAUGCCAAAACAGACAAAGCCCAAAAGAUGUUGACUGUCUACUAAAUUUACAAUUUAUUUAAAAUAGUGGCAUUAUAUUUAAAACCUCUUUUGAACAUGAAUGGUGGAAAACACUGAGUGUUUACUGAUCAAAAACCUAGAAGCACCUGUUCACGUCCCCCAGCAUGGUGUAUUUCUUGCAGUAACUCGGGAUGUUUUCAGCUGACCCCAAAGUACAACGCUUUGUAUUGACACUAAGGGAGGAGCAUAAAAGAAGUCCUGAAGUCACAAAUAACUGGAGGCUUGCAGGAAUACUGGAGUACUCUGAGAAAGUAAUACAAGGGACCUUGUCCUGUCCUCAUAUAUUUCUCCCUAAACACAUCUCUGCUGGAGACAGCACUGAUUACAAGAACCUUGCAUUUGACCUAGUAUGACCAUUCUUAGAUUAAAAAUCCAAUUAGCUUAAGCUCCCAGAACAUAUGUCUGUUUUAGUGGUAGACUUUUCUUUGUUAAGUAAACUACUGCUCUGUAAAAUAAUUCAGAGCAAUUAUUUUUAAUCAAAACAAAAAUCAAUAGGACAUUCCUCUCGAUUGUUCACUGGGGACCUGAUUUCUGUACUUUUCACACCAUACAGUCAUGAACCAGACUAUUGCAGCAAAGCAUUUUGUACAAUUAUGUUCCAAGAGGACCAUAAUCUCUGCAGCUGAAAUAAAGACGACUUCCUUUCAAACAAGAUAUAAUAUUAAUUAAUAUAUUUUUUUUAAAAUGAGGCUUCUCUGGGGAGAUGAGAAUACUUUCCAUUUUGGUACUAUUAUUAUUAUCUGAACAAAAUAUUAUGAAUGAGAAUUUAUCUGAGAGGAAUUGUAAGAUAACAGACUCCACUUCUUAUUAUCCCCAGUUUGAAUUGUUACAUGGUACCCUCAGUCCAUCUUGCUAACUGCACCCCUGGAUACAAGAUGAGACUAGGCUCAUUACAUUUAAUUGAAUUUUACAAAAUGUUCAACCCUCAUAAUAUCUCUGUUAAAUGAGUAAUGCCAACACCCCCAACUCUGAAGAGGUGUUUUCAAAUUUUUCUCCUACAAAACCACUGAAAACCAAUCUAAUAGGCAACAUGUUUGAUCCGGGAAAAAAAACUGUAUAUAAACUCUAUGUUAACUAUGUUACUACGAUAAAGCACUUUUACCAAAUACAUUAUGUCCCUCUUUGUGAUUUAAAACAUACCAAUAAACAUUAAAGAUCAUAAAAGUAAGCCACCAGGAAUUUUGACAGUUCGGUUCACCAGCUUAUGCAGGAAGAUGCAUGUAAUGUUACGUGUCUAUUGACAUAAAUACCUCUGAAGUGGAAGUCACCUGUCUGACUCGAGGUACAGUGCAGUCCAAGUAAUAAAACAAUGCCUUGUAGUGA